AUGGAACGGAAAGAACGGGGGUGCUGUGCAGCAGCACUAGUUGCAUGUGUAGGAGAAACAGAAACGGCAACAGCAACUGCGGCAGGAACUGCUGCACCAGCUGUGCGAUUCUGCGUUACAUGGGGCCUCGUAUGCGCCUGCCUCAACCCCGAGUCAUGCAGCAGCACAACGGCAGCAGCAGCAGCAGCAGCAGCUCUCCCUCCUAGCGCCCCUGCACGAGCGGCAGUAGCAGAAGCUGCUGCUGCUGCAGCUGAAGUGUUCAGCAGAGCGCCGCUGCGCAUUUGCUCACGUUGGUCACCUGCUUGGUGGAGUUAUCACCAGCCUGCUGCAGCUGCUGCUUGUGCUGUUGGUAGAGGAGUUUCUGAGGGUGCAACAGCGACCCUUGAAGCAGUCUCCGGGCUAGCAGCUGCCACCUCUGCUGCAUCACCAAAGGAGCAAUAUGAAGGCGACGAGGACGACCUUUUGCUAUUGCGUAACGACAGCAGCAGCAGCGGAAGCAGCAGCAGUGGAGGCAGCAGCAGCAGUGGCGGCAACAGCAACACCAGAAACAGCAAUGAAGACUCCGACAUCUGCAGUUUCCUGCUGCAGUUCUCCUGUAGCAGCUACUAUAAGGGUUUGCUGCGGUCUUCUGACCUCCAUGGGUCCGUUCGGAGCAGCGCAGCUGCCGCAGAAAGUGUUGUUGCAGCACUGGGAGGGAGCAGCAAAAGCCGAAGCAGCAAAGUGACACUCGUACUGCACCUCGCUCGCUCCGUCUCUGCUGCUGCUUCAGAUCCUCCCCCUAGGGCAGCAGGAAAUGCAACAGCAGCAGCAGCUGCUGCUGCUGCUGGGACGGACCUGCUUCUGACGUUGGUUUUGAGGAGCAGCAGUCUGUUAUGUGUACCGCUGUGCCGCCCCCUUGUGCUCCAGCCGGUGUCUGCUGCUACUGCUGGCCGAAGCUUUUUUGCUGCUGCACUUCUUCAGCAACGCAUGCAGCAGCAGCUUCUGGAGAGCUUCCGCUCUGCUGCAACAGAGGCUCUGCAGCAGCUGCAGGAGAAUGUGCGGAGCAUGGAGGCCGCUGCUGCUGCAGCGGAGCAGCAAAGGGAGCUGCUGCUGCUAGGCUGCUGCAGCCUCCUCAACGAAAAGAAGAAGCGGUGCCGUCAACUGCAGCAGCAGCUGCUACUGCAACAGAAGGAGCAGCACAUGGAAAUCACUUCCUUGCAGCAACGAAAAACCGAGCAGCAUCUGCAGGAACAAAAACAGCAACAGAAGCAGCGGAGAACCCCCACCAGACCCAAGAGAAAGCAGAAGGCGGUUAUGGUUGCUGCAGGAAGCCCGUAUGCUACUGCAGGGAUCCCGUAUCCUGCUGCACGGAGCCUGUAUGCUGCUGAUGGAAACCCAUCUGCUGCUGCUGGUGCUGCCGGGCCUGCGGCGGGUAGUCGCAACAGCAGCAGCUGCGCAGUGGGGAGCACACGAGAUGGUGCCCCUUCUGCAGCACGAAGUCCUGCUGAACCAACGACAGCAACUGACACUGCAAACGCAAGACAAUUAUCAUCAUCAUCAGUAGCUGAUGAUGCCGUUACGCGUGUAGCAGCACCCGCAUUUAGUGACACUUGCGUAGGAGCAGCUGCAGUACCAGCUGCAGCACGUGCUGCACCGAUAGCACCAGUUGCUGCUGCUGACGCUGCAGCAGCAGAAGGGGCAGGCAGUGCUGUUUGUGCAUUGCCUGAGAAGGUGUUCGUCUCCUCACCAGAUUUGCUGCCCCUUGCACUGCAGCAAAUCUGCGUCAAAGCGGAGCCGGCACAAGAACCCGAAGGCCGCAUGAACCAUCAGGAAAGGGAGCAGCAGCAACAGCAGCAGCAGCGGCAGCAGGAUAUCUUGACUCCGCAGCAGCGGGGGGAACAAGUAGACCCCUUGCAGCAGCUGCUACUGCAGCUGCUUAGCCGGAAACAGCAUCAUCAGGAGCAAGGUGGGGUGAGCUCUACACUGUCACAGCAGCAGCAGCACGACCAGCCACAGCAGCGGCGUCGAAGUCAGCUGCAGCAUGGGGACGACCAUCACAAGGAGCAGCGAAUGCAGCAGCUGCACCAGCUGCAACUACAGCACGAGCUGACAGAUACGGAAGAUGCGUCUGAGGAUACCCUGCCACUGACACAGAGGCUGCAGGAGGCAGAUGGAGGGCAGGCAGACGAGGGCAACGCAUUGCUUUCUUACGAAGCUACUGUUGCUCCUGCUGCUGGUACACCUAUCCUUGGGGCUGUUUUCCAUGACUCUCCUGCUGCUGCUGCUGAUGAAGUCAAUUUUAACUUGCAGUCGCAGCUGUCCCACGGCGGUGGGAAAGAGCUGCGCCAGCAGCAGCACCAGCUGCAGCAACGUUCUGGCCCUGUAUGGCGGCGCAAACGGCGUUCUACCCUGCGCUGA